CACCACUAUAUAUAUAUCUCACUGCUGCUCAAAAUAAAAUUAGAAAUAUAAUUCUCUGAAAUUCAUUACGGUUCGUCUCUAUCAUUUUCAUUUUCAGCUCGAUUCCUCGAAUUUCAGUGAAUAUAAUCAUGGGCAAAGGUCCAGGCCUAUACUCUGAUAUCGGCAAAAGAGCUCGAGAUCUUCUUUACAGGGAUUACAACAGCGACCAGAAGUUUACAAUCACCACCUAUUCUCCUACUGGAGUGACCCUCACUUCUACGGGAACAAAGAAAGGUGAGCUAUUCUUGGCUGAUGUGAACACACAGUUGAAGAACAAGAACAUCACCACUGAUAUCAAAGUCGACACUGGCUCAAAUCUCUUCACCACUGUAACAAUUGAUGAGCCUACUCCUGGAUUGAAGGCUAUAUUAAGCUUUAGAGUUCCUGAUCAGAGAUCUGGAAAGUUGGAGCUUCAAUACUUGCAUGACUAUGCGGGGAUAAGCUCAAGUGUUGGUUUGACCGCCAACCCUGUUGUGAAUCUUUCUGCCGUUCUUGGGAAUAAUAAUCUCGCCUUGGGUACUGAUGUGUCUUUUGACACCAAGGAAGGAGCGCUGACCAAAUGCAACUUUGGCGCAAGCUUCAUAAACUCUGAUCUUAUUGCUGCCUUGUCAGUGAAUGACAAGGGUGAUACCUUGAGUGCGUCAUACUACCAUAUAGUGAGCCCAUUGUCCAACACUGCUGUUGGCGCAGAGGUGACACACAGCUUCUCAAGCAGCGUGAACACCAUCACUGUUGGCACUCAGCAUCAGUUGGACCCAUUGACCACUGUGAAAGCACGAUUGAACAAUGGUGGAAAGGCAUAUGCUUUGAUUCAACACGAAUGGCGUCCAAAGUCGCUCGUCACCAUCUCAACUGAAGUCGACACCAAGUCUAUUGACAAGAGUGCGAAAUUUGGGCUGGCCUUGGCCCUCAAGCCAUGAGCUUUGAACAUUGGAGCAGUUUCGAAAUAAUUAGGUGGUUCCCUUCCUUAUUCCCAAUUACCAGUUGCUAAUACUGUUAUCAUUCCCCUGUCAUCUUUGAGCCUGAAUUUUGCGGCAGCCAGAUUCUCUCUUUUACUUUUGGAAGAUAUUAUUCGAUGUUUUGUGGUUUGGAAGCUUCCAGAAUUCUCGGAAGAGUGUCAUCAAAAAACUACUUUUUCAGAUGACAAGCUACAUUGCAAUAAAUUGAUUUUCACUGGGAUAUUUUGUCCUAAA